AAUGUUAUAUCUAUCAUUACUUAGAUUGAUGGUGUUCAAACAGAAAGGUAUGAAAGUAGUGAUUACAGGAUCAUCUGGCUUAAUGGGAAAAGGAGCAUUGCUGCAAUGCGUCAAAGACAGUAGAGUGGAAGAAGUGUUAAUAAUCAACCGAAAGAGCAUUGGUUUUAACCAUCCGAAGGUGAAGGAAAUUUUAUUGACGGAUAUGUUCGAAUUGGAUUCCAUUAAGGAGGAGUUGAAGGGCUACGAUGCUUGCUUCUUUUCAAUUGGUAUUACUGCUUUUCGGGCAAAGGAAGAAUAUUAUCACAAAAUGACGUUUGGUCUUACAAAAUUGUUUGCCGACGUUCUCUGGCAGCAAAAUCCGGAUCUGACGUUUUUAUAUAUAUCAGCAGAGGGCAGUGAUCCUACAGAAAGUAGUGGGUCUUUUUGGAAAGAUGCUAGGGGGAAAACUGAAAAUUAUAUCAUUCAUUCUGGGAAAAAAGGAUAUGUUUUUCGUUUAGCAGUUAUAAAACCGAUAGGAGAGGUUAGUUCCAGAACAUACGGAGCUGCAGAACCCGUUGUAAAAGUACUCUACCCAGUCUUAAGAUGCCUUGCUCCAAAUAAGGUAACCACCACCGAAAAUAUAGGAAAAUCCUUCUUAAACAUUGUCGAAAAGGGAAAUGAUAUAAAGUUGCUUCAAUCAAGAGCAAUAAAUGCGCUGGCAGCUCAAUAA